UAUUUACUUUGAAACAAUGACAUUAGAUAGACACUUUUUUGAUCCCAAGGGAAAUUACAAUGUCAUAGUGUGCAGAUAUACAAAUAUUAGAAGAGAAGUAAGAAAGAAUAAAAAACAAGUUCCCUCAAACAGUCUAACGUUGGGGGUGGGGGUCAAGACCGCCGGCUAUAGGUUUACUCAUUUAAUGCAUUUAAUGGCCAUGGAAAAGAAUCAUCUAAUAUUCAGCAGUUGUCUUAGUCUAUUAUUAAAACUGCUCCUUUGUUCAGACAAGGUGGCAUGCAGAGGGUAAGAAACAUUGUCCAAAAUUGCUAGGAUUUUCUGCAGGGUCCUUUGUUCUACCACAGCCUCCAGUGUGUCCAGUUUGACUCCUAUAACAGGGCCAGCAUUUCUAAUCAGUUUAUUGAGCACGUUGGCAUCAUCCGUGUUAAUGCCAUUGCCCCAGCACACCACCGCACAGAAAAUUGUACUGGUGACAACAGACUGGUAGAAGGAGAGGCCUGCAUAAUCCAAAGAACCUCAGUUUCCUCAGGAAGUAGACGACGACUCUGGCCUUUGUUGUACACAGCUUCCAUGUCACGCUCCACUCAAGCCUGUCAUCCAGGUGCACUCCCUGGACCUGGACCUACUUGUAUGUCCUCACCAUCAAUAGUAACUGGGAGCAGUGCAGGCUUAGUCUUCCUAAAGUCCAUCACCAUCUCUUUUGUCUUACUGAUGUUGAGCUGCAGAUGAUUCAGCUUGCACCAUUUGACGAAGUCCUCCACCAGGGUCCUGUAUUCAUCCUCCCGUCCUCCCUUUAUACACUCACCCAUUGCUGAGUCAUCAGAGAAUUCCUGCAGACAACAAUUCAGUAUUGUAUCUAAAGCCCGAGGUAUACCGGAGUAAACAAGAAGAGAGCCUGUGCUGCAUAUAGCCAGAUCUGACACAAAUUGUGCUCUGCCAGUCAGGUAGCCCAUAAUGAUCACUAGAUGCAAAGUGUUCCCCUACACAAAUUUCUGCUACCUGUCCUGCCUCAUUCCCUAAUAACAGAUCAAGUAUCGCACACUCUAUCAGUACUUCUAUGUACUGAUUAAGGAAACUUUACUGAAAACAUUUGACAAACUCUAUCCCAUCUAGUCCCGGUCAAUAUGUGGAAAGUUAAAAUCACCGUGCCCUCAACUCAUCUGCCUUUCCAAUAUUUCUUGCAUUGAAAUACACACAGCUCAGGACACUAGUCACACCAUUCUCAACCUUUUGAUUCCUGACUUUGUCUGAGGUCUUAACAGCAUCUGUCUCCACAGCCUCUCCACUAUCUGUUCUAGCACUCUGGUUCCCAUCUCCCUUUAACUCCAGUUUAAUCCACCUUCCCCCACCCCAAACUCCACCAUGCAGCACUAGCAAAACUUCCCACUCGGAUAUGAAUCCCCUUCUAGUUCAGGAAUAAACCAUCCCUUCUGAACAAGUCCCACCUUCCCUGGAAGAGAGCCUAAUGAUCCAAAAACCUAGUACCCUCCCUCCUACAUCCUUAAUCACAUAUUAAACUGUAUAAUCUUCCUAGUUCUGGCUUCAAUAGUACAGGACAUGGGUAACAACCCUGAGAUCACAACCCUGGAGAUCCUGCUCUUUAACUUAGCACCUAACUCCCUGAACUCUCCCUACCCAUGUCAUUGGUAGCUACAUGGACUGCGACCUCAAGCUGUUCAUGCUCCCCUUUAAGAAUGCUGAGGACUCGAUCCAAGAUGUCCCAGACCCUGGCACCCAGGAGCCAAUAUAUCAUCCAGGAAUCUCAUUCUCAUCCACAGAACCUCCUUUCUGUUCCCCAAACUAAAAAAUCUCCUAUCAUCACUGCUCGCCUCUUCUCCUUCCUUCCUUUCUGAGUCACAGAGCCAGACAUUAUGCCAGAGAUCUACCACUGUGACUUUCCUCUGCUAGGUCAAUCCCCCCCAACAGUAUCCAAAAUGGUAUACCUAUUGUUGAGGGAGGAUGGCCACAGGGGUACCCUACACUCUUUCUCCUUUCUGACUGUCACCCAGUUUCCUGUGUCCUGCACCCUAGGUGUAACUACCUCGCUAAAUGUCCUAUCACCCCUCAGCCUCCAGAACGAUCUGGAGUUCAGACAGCUCCAGCUCCAAUUUCUUAACGCGCAGUAUUAGAAGCUGCAGUUGGACGCACUCAACUAGCAUUCAACUACCCUGCCUGGCAUCACUGCUGAUCUAACAGAGCAAAUAUAAAGAAGGAAAAUCAAUAAAUAAACUGUGUGCGUGUGUGUGUGGGGGGGGGGGGUGAAUCUACCUUCAGCUUUCCAUUUUCUUUGACUAAAGCUUCAGAACAGCUAAAGCCCCAAAAUCUGCAGUCUAAUUCUGUCCACUCCAACAAUAGCCACUCCGCUCGCUGCUGCCUUAUUUUAAUUUGUUCUUGCAAAUCAAUCCUGAAUGCUGAUAGGGGAAUGUUCAAAAAACCAAACUGCCACGAGUGGCUGUCUUUUCUACUUAAUUGGUGAACCUGAGUGAAUUAUGUCUUCCCAUGCUUCUGAUCUCUGAUUGACUGCUGCUCAAUACACCAAACUGCUGUGAGUCAAUGCCUUUUCUACUCAAUCCGCAUACCUGAGUGAGCAACGUCUUCCCAUGCUUCUGAUCUUCGGUGGGCCAUUGCUCAUUGACUUGCAUGCAUUCACUUUUUAUUAUUUUGAGAUACAGCACGGUAACAGGUGCUUCCAGCCCAACAAACCCAUGCCACCCAAUUACACGCAUUGACCUACUGUGCCAUGAGUCUUUCGAAUGUGAGAGGAACCCAGAGCACCCAAGGGAAACCCAUUUGGUUACAGGGAGGAUAUACAAACUCCUGACAACAGCGGGAAUCGAACCCGGAUCACUGGCGCUAUAAUACUCAUACGACCGUGCCAACUUCUUCAUGACAUGAAAUUUGUUGUUUUGUGGCAGCAAAUAGAGUGCAAAGACAUCAAAAUUACUGUACAUUACAAUGCAAAUAAAUAAUGCAAGAAAAAGAAUAACCUUUAUGGGUUCAUGGAAAUCUCACGAUAAUUAGGGGAAGAUGGCACUGGUGUACAGUGCUACCACAGGCCACAUCCUCCAGCUGGUCAACAAAACUGGUUCUUUUACAUCUUCAUCUUUGACAUGUGGCACUGGUACUGUUGGAGCCUGUGAUCUACAAUUUGAUUAGGUGUUUUGGGGCCGAUUCAGUGAUCUAGUGCUUUGCUGCCUGAGAGAAGGUUCCAUGAGGCUUGUGGCCAAGAAGCUUAGAGAUGGGGAACGAGCCCACGAUCAACUCCAUAUUUCACCGAUUAAAGCAUCGAGCAAGAUUGAAAGCAUAGAGGCAAGAGUGGAAGGUGGCUUUUACCAGCUUUUCACUCACUGCUGCCGGAGGAACGUGUCUCUUUCCCUCCCACACACUGCCCCCAGGUGAAGGUUCCUGUGUUCGAAUGGUCUCUCUCCCUUGAUGCUGGCGGAGGAUAGUGUCUGCAGUUGUGGACUGGACUGGAGCUCCUGGUCACUACUUUUUCUGUUGCUAUUUUGGGUUGCUAUUGACUUUGAAUUGGGCCAGCCUGCAGAUAGUGAACACUGAGCUGAACUGAAUAUGGACUCUUGUUUCAUAUUCUGUGUUUUCACUUGUUCUUUCUUGUUGCUGUUUGCACGAUUUGGUUUUGUGUUUGUGGGGGAGGGGGGGAAGUUGAUGUUGGUUUUCUGUUCUGUGUCUGUCUGUAGAAGACGAAUAUCUGGGUUGAAUACUGCAUUGUACUUUGAAUCCUUUGAAGGAGUUGUUCCUGAAUUAUUAAGUGUGUGUCUUCAGCAAUAACAGAAUGCUGAGUGCAGUUUCAAAGGGUUGAAAGAAACUGACAGGAUGAGCCAGUUGAGUUGCAGAUACACUUUCCGUGCUGUAGGACUCAAUGACUAUUAUAGCGCAACAAUUACAGAAGUGCAGUGCAGUUAGUUAAUAAGGGGCUUAAGAGUUGAACAUAAAAGCAAGAUUAACUCUGCAUUGACUGCAAAGUUGUAAAAGGUGCGACAAAAGCAAAAGGCUGUUACAUUAUCACGGACGACGCAUUCCAGCAGAGUUGAGAGAGAGUGGACAGCGCCUGCGCGCUGCUUCGGCCUGUUUGUUUACACGGCAGGCGUGCCUCUGCGGUCACGUGAGCUGGCGGUGACGUCAGCGUGGUUGUCGGGGAGCUGCCGAUGCGGCCUCUCAGGUGAAAGGGAGUCUCACAGAUGAAAACCUGAGCCCACAAAUGCAUUUCCACGCGCAGAUUUGCUAACCUACGAUAUUUAUUGAAUUUGUAUUUGAUUUCAUCUACGAUGGAACUAGCAACCAAUUUUUUCCGAGUGGAGUUCCCAAAUUUCACAAGUACUUUACUGCAGAGGUUAAACCAGCAGCGUCAAGAUGGACAGCUAUGUGACAUCACUAUUCAAGUUCAGGGUCAUUUAUUCAGGGCCCAUAGGGCUGUAUUAGCUGCCAGUUCACCUUAUUUUUGUGAUCAGGUACUACUGAAGAAUAGCAAUCGGAUUCUUCUGCCAGACGUGAUGAACCCAAAGGCAUUUGAAAAUGUUUUGUUAUCUUGCUACACGGGGAAGCUUGUAUUACCAGCCACUGACAUUGUCAGCUACUUAACAGUAGCGAGCUUCCUUCAGAUGUGGCAUGUGGUGGAUAAGUGUACAGAACUUCUAAAGAUGUGCCCAACUGUUCCAUAUCAGAAGGCAAAUCAUUUGAUUGACCAUCAAUCACCCAGUAGCAGUAAUUUUAAUGGCUUAGGGGAACAUUCAGAACUUAGUGCGCCAGGACAACAUGAACUCAAUAAGGGUACAACUGAAGAUUCAAAGGUUGAUGAAAAUGGUGAAGAGAGCCCCAAAGAGGGUAACGUGUCACCACCCCAAUCUGUAGAUCACGACAACCUUCCCAGCAAUUCCUCGGGAGAGCAGGAUCACCUAAGUGCAGAAAUGAAUAGCCAGGAUGGCGAGGAAGGAGCAAGUGACAGUGCGGAGUAUGCUUUUGCCAGACCGCUGUAUAGUCAGCCUAGCAUAAUGCCUCACAAACGGUGGGUGUAUGUAAAACAAGAAAAGUUUGAACAGGAUUAUGGUGAUGGAGUCUCUCUUCCUGCUGUUGAAGAUCACCAAGUCUCCGAGUCAGAGAACCUUACUCAGGCAGAACCAGUAAUACAAUCCUCUAGCAUUGAUGACAGCUUUAAUAUCGUCACUGCCAAAAAUCCAGAGAUGUUUGAGGAAGGACCUGAGAAUCGUUCUUAUGAUGAGCAGGUCGAUUACUAUGGGUCAUCACUGGAUGAGUUUUCAGCUGACAGGGGAGAUGCCAGCAUCAGUGCACACCGUCAGGAUCCGUUGAUGGCAGCAGAAAUGCAGGUGAAUCGACUACCUGGUUAUGGGGUUGAAGGUGAACUAGGGCCACCAGUUAAUGAAAAGACCUCUCACUCUGGCUUCACUGCUGUUGUUUACAAACUUUAUCCAUGUCAGUGUGGCAAAAACUUCACUCACAAGAGUCAGCGAGAUCGACACAUGAGCAUGCAUCUUGGCCUCCGGCCAUAUGGCUGUGGUGUUUGUGGUAAGAAAUUUAAAAUGAAGCACCAUCUUGUUGGCCAUAUGAAGAUCCAUACUGGCAUUAAACCAUAUGAGUGCCACAUCUGUGGUAAGAAAUUCAUGUGGCGAGAUAGUUUUCAUCGGCAUGUGACAUCGUGCACAAAACUGUAUCAGGUCCCUGAUGUCCGCUGACAGGACUUAUGGGCCAAGAGGCCCAUUUAAAUUAUAUACGGUACAUGAUGUAGUGAAGAUGUUUUAAGUGCUUUCGACUCAUUCAGUGGUGGGUUCAGUCACAGUAGAAAACCAGAGGUUUCUUUGCUGACAGCCAGGGGAUUGUGAGAAAUCUGUAGGUGCCACAAUGACAUUUAUUUAACCAAAACCAUUCUCCUAUAGUUUUUACACUUUAAAUCUUGCACAAUUACAUGACUGCUAGACAACUGAAUUGACGAGCCUUGUGUACAUUUAAUGUGGAAAGAAGUGAAAGCAAAUCUAAGAAUAAAUGUAGAACUGUAUUUUGCUAAUGUGUUAUUAGCCCCAUUUGCACAUGUGUAUUUUAUGUCAAGUCCAUACUGAGAGUGUUGUGUGUAGAAAUGCUGUCAGCUCGCAAAUGAACAUCUCGCCUCUGAGUCUGAAGCUUCUUGGGCUCGAGUCCCCCACAAGCGACUGGGGGAAUAGGCUGUCACUUACAUGCAUCACUGAGGAAAUACAUUGGAGUACCAUCUUUCCAAUGAGAUAUUAAAUCGCAGCUGCUAAUGCCCUUAGGUACAUGUUAAAGAUCCCUUGGCACUAUUUCAAAGGAAGAAUAGGGGAGGUAGCCUAAAGUCCUGGAUAACUUUUAUUCUCGAUCAACAUCAGUUGCAGUAAAGUAAACAUUAUUUAAUCUUGCUGUGCAUAAACUAGCAGCUGCUUAUCCUACAUUACCACAGUGUUUAUACUUUAGAAAAUGAUCUAUUUUAGCUGUAAAACACUUCUGAAUGUCCUGAGAUUGUUAAAUGGACUAUAUUAAUCCAAGUCUCAUUCUUUCCCUUUUCUGCCUUUCACAAAGGCAGUUUUAUGUAAUGGAGAGGAUUGUGAUAGGAGUUUACAUACUACGUGCACAAAACCAGAAGUUGGAGCAGUUUACAAUCAUCUUAAAUUCCAAGGCUACAGAUGCCAUGUUAAUGGAAAUUCCUAUUAAAGUGUUGUAUUCUGGAGCCUGAUCCUCAGAAUUAUAUUUGGACUUUGAGGAUUAGUACCGAGCCCGAUGUUCGAACGGUGCCCAACGCUGUUUGUGAACAAUGGGUUGCCGAUCAUUUUGUAAAAGGCUUACAGAUUGAAAUACUCUUUCAGACGUUUGAUGUCUUUCAACCAAACCUUUCAUUUGGCAUGUUGGCUGAUGAAUAACUUAAGAAAUCUUUCUGUAACUUUGAAUAUUUGAUAUGUUGUAGUUUUGCAAUGCAUUCUAAAAAAAAUUGUCUGCAUUGAUAGUGGCUUUAAAUAACUAGGUGUGAGACAGGCUGAAAAUAACAACUAUAGUAGACUGAUGCUCGUUUCCCAAAAUGGUAUUACUUGCAUACUCUGUGUAUGUGUAUAUUUGAAGUAUUGUGUCCUAGACACUAAAUGUUGAGCAUGCAUGACAGCUGAGGAGUAAAUUACCAGUCAGAUUUACUGACGGAACUCAGCACGUCAGGCAGCAUCUAUGAAAAGGAACAAACAGUCAACAUUUUGGGCUGUGACUCUUACCAGGACCUGAUGAAAGCUCCAGCAUUUUAUGUUUGUUCCUCUGGGUGUUCAUCAGCAUCUGCAGAAUCUCUUGUGUUCAAGAUUUACUGAGAAAAGUUUCUAUUUGAUAAGGUAUUAUUCACAGCAGAUGGACAUCAAUGAAACCACAAUGAAAUUAUCAAAGGAUAUAAGGUGGAAAGAGAGAAGAGGAAAUUAAUAAGCUCCAAAGAUGAAAGUGCAGCAUUUGAUAGAAUAACUUAUUGGCUUCUUCAAUAAAUAGUUGACGAUUUCAAAAUUAUGUACUGUUAAUUGCUUUCUUGAAAAUGUUCAGUCAUUUUCCACUGAAAGCAAAUGACACUUCAAUUUCUGUUUUGCAUUUUAGUCCUAUUUCAGAAAUAGGACUAAAGGAGCCUGAGAAUUAAACUUUUUAAGCUACAACUCUUUUUAAGUAUAUCUAUAGGCAGUUGAUGUUUUACAGAACUAGUGAUAUUUUAAUUUAAACAUAGUUACAUCUCCAAAGUUAUUCGAUAAAUACAACUUAUAGGACCUGAAGACUACUAUAAAGCACUCAAAUCGAAAAAACUUGUUUGCAAAUCCUAUCUGUAAAAACAUGUUACAUGUGCAAUGGGUUUGAAUCUUGCAGGGUGAAGUUGCUGAGAUCACUUUACCUAAAACUGACACCCCUGUCUGUAGGAAUUUGAAAUUAUUUGAUAAUGUGAUAGCAUUAAUUGGAAGAUCGGAAGUACUUCGAAAUACUGUUGAUGAUGUACCGGACAGCCUCGUGUACUGAUAGGAUAUGGAAAACGAAGCACAGGGGUGAGGUUAGCAUGGAAAACAAGGCCAUUUAAGUGCUCAUUAAAGGUCUCUACUGCAUCAUUAGCUGUCUGACCUUGGGUAAAUGGUAUAUUCCUAUAGAGGAAAGCAGCUUCCAAUUGAACACUGCCUAUGCCAAAUUAAAGAGCUGAUUUUGAUUUUUAAAGUAUAAUCCUUGUUAAGUUUAAUUUAACGUCCUAAGCAUUUUAAUAUAAUUAAAAGGUACAUAGACUGUUGUGGAAUACAGUAGGUGCUCAUCAUACUCAGCAUUAAUUCUCCAUAUCCACUGAGUUCAAUGGGAUAAUUCCUCUGAAAGGCUUUUUGAAUUCCAAUACCAGUAUAGUAAAUUUAAAAUCCGGACUUUUGGUGGACAGACAUGUAAUAGAAAGUAAUACCUGAUGCUACAGGGAAACAGCAAAAGAAUGGGACUGACUGGAGUGCUGUAGAACGAGACAUCAUAGUACAGUACCUGGCCUCAGGUGCUGUUAUGAAUAUGCUUCAAAUGAAUGUCUACUCUGUAGUGCUCAGUUUAAAGGCUACAGUCUCUUACAACCUUUUCAGUACCUUGAUUUCUGUUAAUUAAAUGCAUUAGCACCAGGUAAGGGAUUACUGAACAACUUUAAAUGGCCAACCUUAUUUCCAAUACCAUCAGUAUUAUUGAAAAUGAGCACAUUAUUAAAAUGAAGUGUGCUGUUUCCUUUUUGGUGGGAGCUGGAAGAAGGAAGGGAAUCGUGAUCAGUUUAUGCCUUGAAAGUGGACGAGGAACUGGAAUGUUGUUUGAUCAUUGCCCGUCCUUUCCUGGCUAACUCUAGAAUACAGCAGUGUACAGCAUAGUUAGCUGCAGUCCUGCCGCCUUUACUUACUUAAUAACCCUCACUGCUGUAGUCCAUUGUAAGAAUCAAACCGACCUGUAUGAUGUAAGAAAAAGCCCAGAGGAAAAAAAUCCCAAAAAAUCAUUGCACUAUUUUAAGACAAACAAUCAGAAAGCAAGUUACAGAGCAAAGCUUUGCUGUUGUAAAAUACAGUUAAUUUAUAUAUCUUAAUUCAUUUGUGAAUAGUAAAUUAUUCUCACAGUGUUUGAAAAGAUGACUGUUUAAAAAUAUAUUCAGAUAUUCAGUCCUUAAAAUUACGUAGAGUUAAAUGAUGUUUAAAAUAGUUUGACUGAAUCCCUUCCCCUAUAUUAAGCAUUUUCAGUUGACCAAUUAAAAUCUAUUUUAGUAAAUAUUUGUUCACUAUUAAUUUCCAGGAGACUUUCUUUACUUGGAUUUGGUGGAAUAUAUGGGCAUGAUAUUCUGUGCAUUUUGUAUUUUACUUGGGAGUCCAGAGUAUUUCCAAUUUAGAAUAAGCUCUCUCCAGAGCCCCAACAGAUUUAGAGUCAUUCGAGUUACAAAGCACAGAAACAGAACCUUCAUCACUCCAUGUCUAUGUUGGUUAAGAAGUGCCCAUUUAUGCUGUUCCCAUUUAUCAGCACUUCGCUCCAUACCCUUCUCUAUUUGGUGGCAAGGGGCAACUGGGGCAUAAGAUUAAAAUGGCUCCAAUAUCUGUAAUGACGCAGAUGACCUUCUUGAACUAAUGAAACUUCAUUGCUUCUGUUUGCAUGUAUUAUGUUCAACUGGACUGUCUGUUUUGAAAUGAACACCUUGCUCUUUGUUUAGGUAUACAGCAAGUGCCUGCACCAAGCUAAUUUUAUCAGGCAUAAGGGAAAGGCCCCAUCGGAUUUAUACCUUCCACUAGACUUUGAAUGUUUUGGACUGGAGUGAGCUCCCCCUACGUUUUCCCCUCUUUAUGAAAUGUCCAUUUCUGUCACUAGUCACAGAAUACUACAGUUAUGAACAAACAUUGCAUUUAUGCCAAAUAAAUAUUAAUAGAGCAAUAUUCGGGUAUAAAAUGAACUAGUAGUGGAAGAAGCUGUUUUGAAAGUUCCAUAAGUGGCAUGGAAGUAUAAUUCAAAUUAAACUUUAAAACCAGUUAUUUAAAUCCAUAGCUGGUCCCAUUACCCAUUAUCUGUUUUCAUCUUUAUUUGAAAUAAUUGAUACAAUGUUUUAGAAGCAGUAAGUGUGCACUGAUUACUUUGUAAUUCAAUUACAACAUUUAUCAGAUUUUCAUAUCCAAUAGAUAAUAUAUCAUAGAAUAAUAUAAAUUCAUAUUAGACUUUAUAUAUGUAUAUAUGUUAUUUAAAUCAGUGCAUUGUCUUUAGGGUCAAAGCUAACUGGACAUUGACAGAUGAAUUUAUUUAUACUGGGAAGAUGUAUACAAUAAGCUUUGAGGAAUUUAUAGUGGUCAUUGCAAUAAUUAACAUACUCAUCUUGUUUAGAUAUCCAUGUAAUAUUUCUGUGAGAGAAAUAUGACCUUCUCUGUGAUCAGUGUAACUCAAUGCAGAGUGUUUCCAACAGAUAAUGAUGUUUAAGGCUACUUUAUGCAAUGGUGCAUUUAAAAUUAUACUGCUACCAAAUAUCAGAUAUAAAAGGCUAAAGUGUUAGGUUUUGCAAAAUGGCUUUUGCUGUACGAUUUUCCUUAGGCCAAAUUCACAGACUUUCUCUGUUGCACAGAAACUAUUUUCUUGGGUUUCCCCUUGUGUUAAAAUAUCAAUAUUUCCGUGUCAUCACAGUAAGUUUAAAUGUUGUUCAUUUCAGAUAUCCACCGACAGUGCCAGGUGCUGUAUGUUGGUUUUGUAUAAGGAUGUCUGAUUAAGAAGUAAGCUCAGAACAUGCUGUGUUAUCCGUUUGUUGCCUGGGUGCUAUAUAUCGUGUGAAGCUGCAUCACAAGCAGUAAAAAAUGAAUAUAAGAUGGCAAAUUAGGCAUUUGGUUCACUUUUGCACCUUCUUAAUCUAGUGAAUUAUUUAGCUGUUACAAAAUAUAAAUGCAUAUAGAGUCCGUUUAAAUGGAUUAAUAAUUGAUGUUUGAGGUCAAGUAGAAGGAUUGUAUAUUUUAUCAUUAGGAACAUUCAAGUGAGAAGCUUAUUUUUUGCUUUCUGUGAUGUCAAAUUAGUAAUGUAUUUUUUCUCCCUUGUUCAUUUUCUAAAGCCUGUAAAUGAAUAAUAAUGCUACUGAGAUUUAUAAGUAUAUAAAAAGGUCAAGGUAGUACUUUAACCCUCUUACUUCCAGCUUUAAACUAAAUGAGGUACAGAACAUGUUCAGCUAAUGAACUUUAGGAAACAAAACUUCCAGGCAUGUGUAACAGUUUCCAGUUAUAUAAUUUUAAGCUAAUUGUGAAAAUGUAUAUAAGAUGUAUUUAGAAAGUUUUGACACAGGGAUGUCUUAUCAUUUGAUUUUUUUUGUAGCAAGCGGAACAGAGAUUGCAUUUUUCUCAAAUGUUGCAGUUCUCUACUUCCAGUGUGUAUCAGAAAACUUUCAGAGACAUAUCAAAUUGAUACUGUGUUCUUAUUUCAAAAAUCGAGUGGGUCCACCUGAUUUUCUAUGUUACUUUAACCUAUGUGUUUAGGUUGUUGAUUUUAAAUAAUUACCAUUUUUCUGAACAAUUGUUGUCAAAGUUGUUUACUAACUGUUAAAUCAAGUGUUUCAUGUUUUGUCCAAUGUUAUUUAAAAAGUGUUUUCAAACUGAAUUUACACUGAAACUAACCAGUUAUGUCAGAAUUUGUGAUUUUUUUUUGUUGUUUAAACUAUGUUUCCCAUUCUAUUGAACAUACAGUGGCUGGCUUGCUACUUGCAGUUGCCAAUGCUGUGAAAAUUAAUUUCUUCUCAUAGAAGAAAAUUGUGACUGUAUGAGUACCAUAUCGUAAAAUAAAUGUCAGCUGGCUCAAAUCA